AUGAAUCAUGCACAUAAGAACGAAUGCGGAAAACAAGUGAAUGAAGAUGUUACAAAAAAAGCGAGUGUCAGCGAACGACCAAAAAGUUCAUUGGACAUUUACAAAUUUCGUCGCGACACAUCAUACAUAAGUCCUAUUCAUCGACGCGUCAUCGCUACUUCAAUACGCAUUACUUCAGUCCAGUGCAGCAUGCGAAAGGCACAAGUGCGUAACGACACGAAAGUGACAGGUCAUUUUGGCGGGAGCCCGGCCCGCCAUGUCUGGCAUUGGGUUCUUUAUAAUAUCUACAUCGGUACCGGUUGUACGCACCACGCGACACUCGGCCUGCGUCGCGACAAUUUAUUUCGGUUCGGGGCAAUGCACUUAUCGCACGCAGCCCUGAGAUCUGCGCGACGAAUAAACGAGAGUAAACAUGAAACGCGAAGGGAAAAAAAUAAAUGCAAAGUUGACAGUGAUAAAUCAAGGCUGCUAAAAUGGUUGCCUUGCCGAGGUCCCCGCUCACGGUCCGCUAACAUCCACUAG